AUGGAGAAGGCACAUCACUGGAUCUCCAUCCCAUUAUUGCUAGUCUACAUCUCCAUACUUCUUGACAAUGGAACUCUCAUCUUUCUUAUCAGAAAUGACCAUAAUCUCCAUGAGCCCAUGUACUAUUUCUUAGCUAUGCUGGCAGCCACAGAUCUUGGGGUGACUCUGACUACAAUGCCCACUGUGCUGGGUGUCCUCUGGUUUAAUCACAGAGAGAUCAGCCAUGGGGCCUGCUUCUCUCAAACCUACUUUAUUCAUAUACUUUCUAUUGUGGAGUCAGGUGUCUUGCUUGCUAUGGCCUAUGAUCCCUUCAUUGCCUUUCGCAAUCCCUUGAGAUAUACUUCCAUCCUUACCAACAUCCGGGUAAUGAAGAUUGGGAUAGGAGUAUUGACAAGGGCUGGUCUGUCAAUUAUGCCAAUAAUAAUUUGGCUGCACUGGUUUCCCUAUUGUCAAUCCCAUGUACUCUCCCAUGCUUUCUGUCUGCACCAAGAUGUCAUCAAACUAGCCUGUGCUGACAUCACCUUCAAUCUUCUCUAUCCAGUUAUAGUUGUGUUUGCAAUGGUCCUAUUGGACUUUCUCAUCAUCUUUUUCUCCUACAUUUUGAUCCUCAAGACUGUCAUGGGCAUUGCUUCUGGAGAGGAGAGAGCUAAAGCCCUCAAUACGUGUGUCUCCCAUAUCUGCUGCAUCUUGGUUUUCUAUGUAACUGUAGUUCGGCUGGCAUUUAUUCAUAGGUUUGGAAAACAUGCUCCUCAUGUGGUUCACAUCACAAUGGGCUAUAUCUACUUCCUUUUCCCCCAUUCAUGA